AUGCCGGUCAUGGACGUCAAAAGUUCAGUUUGCAAAGGAAGUAGAAUCUCUCAUCAUGUCACGAGAAUUAUGGAUCUUCCAUGGGUGAUCAUGAUUGAAAUUCUUUCAAGAUUGCCAAUCAAGCCCAUUUUUCGAUGUAGAGCUAUUUGUAAACUCUGGUAUAGACUUUUAACUUCCGACCCUUUGUUUUUUAACAUGCAUCAAACAAGAUCCCUUAAUUUCCGCAACAUUUUAUUUUUGGAUGGUCAGUGCAAUCCUUUCCUUCUAGAACUCAAAGCAGAGUACGAUUAUUAUGUUCACCGCUGUAACAGAACCGUUCAGGUGACCCCUAAGUUUCACUUCCAUCCAAGGAGUGCGAUUUUAGUUGGUUAUUGUAAUGGAUUUAUCUGUUUGGUGGGUGGUUUGAUGCACAUUGAGAAUCAUUCGGUUUACAUUAACAAUCCUCUUUUGGGUGAGUAUUUCAAACUUGAAUUACCCAAAUGGGAGAUAAGUGUUACUCAAGUUGCUUAUGGGUUUUGCUUUAGCGAAGUCUCUGGAGAGUAUAAAGUAUUGAGAUUAGUUGAUAGACAGGUUCAGGAUGAUACUAGAGCUUCAGAAUUGGAGGCUAAUGUCAAUGGUGCUCUUCAUUGGAUGGAUAGCGAAAAAACUGACAGCAUUUACUCUUUCGAUGUUGAGACAGAAAAGAUCAAGUACCUGCCUGCUCCACCUGGUUUGGAAACUCCAUCCUCGAACUUGAGGCUAGCAGAGUUGGGGAACUGUCUGUGUUUGAUUGAUAUAUCCACAUAUGGAAUGUUAAUAUUAAUAUAUGGUGGAUGA